CUCUAAUUAUCUAUAUAUCUAUGCUUCAUUUGAUUAUAUUUCUCACACUCAAUUCUUCAUUCAUUGUUUGAUAUUAUACCAACCGAAAUUAUGGUGUUCAAAUCGGUGUCCAACACUGAUACGCCACCGAUUAGUCCUCCUCCUCCUCCGUCAUCAUCACCGCUGCUGCCGCCGCCACAGAUUGUGACGCCAUCUACAUUUUAUCUAGCAUCGUCGAAUUACAAUUUCCCAAUGCCAAAUACUUUUAGGUGGACAACAAAUCACCCUACAUUUCUACCUAGUUAUACGGGUAUGAACGCGGUCCCACACUGGGGUCCAUCUUCCAACCAUGUAGACAAUAAUUCCACCAGACCAAUUCUCCAUUUGGGUCCGUAUUCGAGUCUCACUGAAACCCAUUUAAACCGUGCUCCUAUUUUUCGUUUCACUUCGGAUCCCAACCGAGAAGAAAAUAGAAUUAAUUCUAUUUUGCGAUUAGGUUUGGACCCGAACCGAGAUGAAAAUGCACUCAAUCCUAUUAUGCAAUUAGGUUCGUCUACGAGCGUGGAUGAGAAAAAAAAGAGUCCUAUGUUGAGUCUCAGUCCAUUUCCGACUUGGUUUGAGAAAAUUGGCAGUACUUCCGGUUCGAACCGGGUUGAGACGAAUGAGAAGAACCAAAAUGAGUUUAGCGAUUCUAUAUUUCAGACUCCCGAGCCGGUGAGAGAAAUUGAAAAUCAGGAAUCAAUUGUGAAAAAAGAAAAGCAAUUAGAUCAGAAGGGAAAAUUGAAGGUAUCCGUUCGAUUGCCGGUGAAGGCUAAGAAUGGCGGCAAUGUGGAUGAGGAAGAGGAAGAGGAAGUGGAAGUGGAAGUGGAGACGGAGUGUUCGAGUGAAGAUGAAGAACCGAUUAUAAAAUCGGGGAAGACAUGGAAUUUGAGACCGAGAAAAGCGGCGAAGAAGGCAGAAAAUGAAGGAAGUGGAGGAGGAGGAGGAGGAAGAACAAGGAGAAGUUCGGCACCGGCAAGGGCAAGCAAGCCUCGUUCAGCAAAGUCAAAAGCAAGGGGUAAGGUGGAGAAGGCAGAGGCAAUAGAGAAGAGAGGGUUGAUUGUUCCUCUUUCAAAGGAAGAAAUUGAAAAUGACUUCAUCUUAAUGACUGGAGAGAAGCCUUCUAAGAAACCUACUAAGAGACCAAAACCUGUGCAGAAGUUGCUUGAUGGUAUUUUUCCAGGCUUGUAUUUGAAUAACAUAACACCAGAAACUUACGGAGUUCCGGAUCCACCUUUAAAGAUGUAGGGUUUCCAACUAUUUGCUUAGGGAUCAGAGUGUUCGUUGGAACUGUUUUUCAUGUUAACAUCUGAAGAAUAUUGUAUUAUGUACCGUAUAGCAACAUGCAAUAUGAAGGUGAGAAAAUAAAAUGUAUCUUGUUUUUGUGCCUACCAUUUGUGGACCGGGUCACGUAAUAAAUUAUUGAACUGUUGUUGUAGUCUAGUUGUUUUUUAUUUUAAGUACUCGACAAAGUACAUUGUUUAUGUUUUCAAUUGGUUUAUUAAAUAAUUGCACAAGUUUUGGUUUA